AUGUCGAUAACAAAAGAGCAAGCGGCCCCUGCGCUCGAGCAGUACAUCAAGGAUGUUAGAAACAGGGCCUUCCCGGAGGACCAGCGGAAGCGCGCUGCGAGACAGAUACGGGAUCUAGUCAACGUUGCCAAACAAGAGAUGGGUGCCGAGCAGUUCCAGCUCUUCUUCAACUCAGUCAACCAGCGAACCAUGGCUCUGAUCCAAGGCACCGACCCAUAUGAUCGGAUGGGCGGGGUCUAUAUCCUCGACGCCCUAGUUGACUUCGAUGGCAUCGACCUUGCCUUGAAGUACAGCCGCUUCCAACAGUACAUCGGCACCAUCCUGCGCGGAAAAGAUCCCAACCCAAUGCAGCCCGCCGCCGUGGUCCUCGGAAAGCUCUGCAAGCCAGGCGGCUCUCUGAUUUCUGAGCUUGUCGAUGCUGAGGUCCAAACAGCUCUCGAGUGGCUUCAGUCCGAUCGCAUAGAGGAGAGGCGGUAUGCCGCCGUUCUAGUUCUACGCGAGUUGGCGAGAAAUGCUCCCACCCUCAUGUACUCGUACGUGGGCUUCGUCUUUGAUCAAAUCUGGAUUGGCCUACGCGAUCAGCGACACUUAAUCCGAGCAACCUCGAGCGAGACCGUCAGCGCCUGCUUCAAGAUCAUACGAGAGCGUGACCAGGGCAUGAAACAAGAGUGGAUGGACAAGAUGUUCGCCGAAGCUAUCAAGGGCUUCAAGACCAACCCGGCUCCCGAGUCUAUUCAUGCCUCGCUACUUGUGCUCAAGGAGCUUCUGGAGCAAGGUGGCAUGUACAUGCAAGGCCACUAUCAAGAUGCUUGCGAGAUCAUCUUCCGCCACAAGGAUUCGCGUGACCCUGCUAUCCGCAAGACGGUGGUUCUGCUCGUUCCGGAUCUGGCCAACUACGCUCCAACCGAAUUUACCGUGACCUAUCUCCACAAGUUUAUGAUUUACCUCUCAGGGAUGUUGAAGAAGGAAAAGGAGCGGAACGAUGCGUUUCUUGCCAUUGGAAAUGUUGCGAAUUCAGUCAAGAGCUCUAUCUCGCCGUACCUCGAUGGCGUACUCAUCCAUGUCCGAGAGGGCCUCAGUUUACAGUCCCGGAAGCGGGGCUCUGUCGAUCCUGUGUUCGACUGCAUUAGCCGGCUUGCUGUGGCUGUUGGCCAGACGCUCAGCAAGUAUAUGGAGGCACUGCUCGAUCCCAUUUUUGCCUGCGAGCUCACGCCCAAACUGACGCAGGCUUUGGUCGACAUGGCUUUCUACAUUCCGCCUGUCAAGGCGACCAUUCAAGAGCGUCUACUCGACAUGCUGAGCAAAGUGCUGUGCGGUGAGCCGUUCAGGCCUUUGGGGGCACCUCACCCCAACUCCCUCUCUACAAUCCCAGUCAUCGUCAGGGAUCCCAAAGACCCCUUGGCCCAUGAACGUGGGAAGGCCGAGAUAAAACUGGCGUUGAAUACGCUCGGCAGCUUUGACUUUUCAGGCCAUGUUUUAAACGAAUUCGUUCGCGAUGUUGCCAUCAAAUACGUUGAAGACGAUGAUCCCGAAAUCCGCGAGGCUGCCGCCCUUACCUGUUGUCAGCUCUAUGUACGUGAUCCGAUCGUCAAUCAGACGAGCUACCACGCCCUUCAAGUUGUUGCCGACGUCAUUGAGAAACUCUUGACUGUGGGCGUCUCGGAUCCGGAGCCAAAAAUUCGACGAACUGUCUUGGCAGCUCUUGACGAACGAUUCGAUCAACAUCUCGCCAAAGCUGAGAAUAUCCGUACUCUCUUCUUUGCCCUACACGACGAGAAAUUCUCGAUUAGAGAAGUGGCCGUAUCAAUUAUUGGUCGAUUGGCCCGGUAUAACCCUGCUUAUGUUGUCCCACAGCUGCGAAAGACCAUCAUACAGUUGUUGACAGAACUGGAGUACACAGAUGUGGCGAGAAGUAAAGAGGAGAGCUCAAAGUUGCUCAGCCUCCUUAUACAGCAUGCCCAGGAACUAGUCAAGCCCUACGUAAACUCCAUCACCGAGGUGCUUUUACCGAAGUCUCGUGACUCGACCCCUUCUGUCGCUGCGACUGUCCUCCAGGCAAUUGGCGAGUUGUGCACAGUUGGGGGGGAGGCGAUGCUGGCUUACAAGGACACCCUCAUGCCAAUCAUAAUCGACGCUUUGCAGGACCAAGGAGCACCAAUGAAGCGGGAAGCCGCUCUCCACACGUUGGGCCAGCUAGCCAGUAACGCCGGUUAUGUCAUCACUCCAUACCUCGAAUACCCCGAACUGCUGGAGAUAUUGCAGUCUAUCAUAAGGGGCGAACCACAGCAUGGUCCGUUGCGCCAGGAGACGAUCAAGCUCAUGGGCAUACUAGGUGCAUUGGAUCCCUACAAAUAUCAGCAAGUAGAAGAGCGAGCGCCACAGACCCAGCGCCGGCCUGAAGCCGCCCAGUUGACCGACGUGUCUUUAAUGAUGGGUGGCCUUACUCCAUCACAGGACGAUUACUAUCCCACGAUCGUCAUCAAUGCUCUACUUCAUAUUCUUAAGGACCAGUCCCUGCUGCAGUGGCACGGGAACGUGGUGGAUGCCAUUAUGAGCAUUUUCAUCACUCUAGGUCUGAAGUGUGUCCAGUUUCUUGAUCGGGUGGUCCCUGCCUUCAUUUCUGUCAUUCGGGCCUCGAGCAUAGCGCGACUUGACUUCUACUUCAACCAUUUGAGCCGACUGGUUAGCAUCGUUCGACAGCACAUUCGUGUCUAUCUGCCCGACAUUAUCGAUGUCCUGCAGGAGUACUGGGCCACAACCUCAUUGCAGACUACCAUCAUCGCUCUGAUUGAGUCGAUUGCUCGCUCUCUCGAAGGAGAGUUUAAGAUCUACCUGGCUGGCCUACUCCCACUGAUGCUUGGGGUGCUGGAAAAAGACACGAGCACGAAGCGACAGCCGAGCGAGAAAAUAUUCCAUGCCUUUCUGGUCUUUGGGCCAAGUGGAGAGGAGUAUAUGCACCUCAUCAUCCCUGUUCUUGUGCGUCUAUUCGACAAUAGUGGUCAGCCCAUUUUCCUACGGAAAUCUGCCAUCGAGACCAUCGGGAAACUCUCAAGCAUGGUCAACCUCAAUGAUUACGCGGCUAAGAUCAUUCACCCUCUGACUCGGGUCCUCGCCAGUGGCGAACCCAGUCUACGAGUAGCUGCGUUAGAUACCCUUUGCGCACUUAUGCUACAGCUAGGGCGGGACUAUCUGCACUUCGAGCAUACGGUCAACAAGGCAAUGGCCUUGUACGCAAUUCCGCACUCCAACUAUGAUAAGGCAGUUGAGAAGCUGAAGAAGGGUGAGGUCCUGCCGCAGAACCUUGCCCCACGGUUUGAAGACACUCUAGUUGAGCCUCACCCGACCGAGAACAAUCCCCCAAAGAAACUGGAUUUGAAUCCCAUGCAUCUCAAGCAGGCCUGGGAGACAAAGGGCAAGUCUACCAAGGACGAUUGGCAUGAGUGGUUCCGCAAGUUCAGUACCACGCUGCUUACGGAAUCCCCCAACCACUCUCUGCGAGCUUGUGCAAGCUUGGCGAGUAACUAUCAACCGCUAGCACGGGAGCUCUUUAAUUCGGCUUUCGUUUCAUGUUGGAGCGAGCUUUAUGAGCAAUUUCAGGAAGAGCUUAUCACAAACAUCGAAAAUACUAUCAAGUCCGAAAACAUACCGCCUGAUCUUCUGGGUCAACUUCUCAACCUUGCAGAAUUCAUGGAGCAUGAUGACAAGGCGCUCCCUAUCGACAUUCGCACCCUGGGACGUGAGGCUGGCCGCUGCCAUGCGCAUGCCAAAGCACUUCAUUACAAGGAACUCGAGUUCCUGCAAGACCACAACAGCCAAGCUGUCGAGGCUCUGAUUGUUCUCAAUAAUCAGUUGCAGCAGUCUGACGCUGCCCUUGGAAUUCUUCGCAAAGUCAAGGCCUACAAAGAUGGCAUUCAGCUCCGGGAGAGUUGGUUUGAGAAGUUGGAGCGUUGGGACGAGGCUCUAAACUUCUAUUACCAACGAGAACGCGAAAUUCCCGAAGAUCAACCUGUGCCGGUCGAUAUUGUCAUGGGUAAAAUGCGCUGCUACCAUGCCCUUGGCGAAUGGGAUUCGCUUGCAGCUCUAGCUGGCAAGACGUGGGCCAACUCCGGGCCAGAAAUCCAACGGAGAAUUGCCCCCUUGGCGACAACGGCCGCUUGGGGCCUGGGCAAGUGGGACUCGAUGGACAUUUAUCUUCAAUCAAUGAAGCGAUACUCGCCUGAUCGUGCAUUCUUCGGCGCAAUACUUGCACUUCACCGGAAUCAAUUCCGCGAGGCUUUAAUUUGUAUCGACCAAGCCCGCGAGGGUCUGGACACUGAGCUCAGCGCCCUUGUCAGUGAAUCAUACAAUAGGGCAUACGAAGUUGUUGUGCGGGUCCAAAUGCUCGCCGAACUAGAAGAGAUUAUCGUCUACAAGCAAAGCGAUGCCGAGAAGCAGGCCACCUUGCGAAGGACUUGGGAGACUCGACUGAAAGGCUGCCAGCGCAAUGUCGAAGUAUGGCAGCGAAUGCUUCGGCUGAGAUCGAUUAUCAUGUCCCCAGCUGAGAAUAUGCACAUGUGGACAAAAUUCGCCAACCUUUGUCGCAAAUCAGGACGGAUGGGCCUUGCCGAGAAGUCAUUGAAGCAUCUCAUCGAGAUCGAGGAACCACUUGAGACUGUCAUACCUUAUUGGCACGAUCGGCAGGCCAGUCCCAGCCCGAACCGAAUCGCGUCCCCUAUUCUGUAUGCGGUCCUCAAAUUCCAGUGGGAAGUCGGCCAGCAGCCUGCCAUUCGAAACUCCGAGCGGCGCAUAGCAGAGAAAACCCUGUACUGCCUACGAAAGUUCACCAACGAGACAGCCCAUCGUGUGGAGAGCUCCAGGAUGCACAUGAAUGCGCAGGCUCCAAACGGAAUAGAGGGACCUGGCCCAGCGGUAUUCCCUGACUUUGACGAAAGCGCCGUGCUAAACCCGCACGCACAAAAACACUGGGUCGAGCAGACAGUGCUGCUUGCCAAGUGUUAUCUUCGUCAGGGGGAGUGGAUGGUAACAUUGAAUAAGGAUGACUGGCAGUACACGCAACGCCAGGACAUUCUUAAUUGCUACUCCAAGGCCACACAGUACCACCCCAAGUGGUACAAGGCCUGGCAUGCCUGGGCUCUCGCGAACUUUGAGGUUGUUCAGGCUCUUGCUUCGAGGGGAGAUCAAGAAAGCCGAGGUGAACAAGCAAUUAUCGUCCAGCACGUCGUUCCCGCCAUCCGAGGCUUCUUCGAAUCUAUCGCCCUCUCGUUUGGCAGUUCGUUGCAGGAUACACUUCGCCUCCUAACCCUGUGGCUGACCUACGGAGGCCAUGCCGAGGUCAGCAAUGCUGUUAUAGAGGGCUUUGCCCACGUCAGCGUUGACACAUGGCUUGAGGUCAUACCCCAGCUCAUUGCUCGGAUCAACCAGCCCAACAGGAGGGUUCAGCAGUCGAUCCACAGCCUCUUAGCCGAUGUCGGCCGUGCACAUCCGCAGGCAUUGGUAUAUCCAUUGACUGUUGCAAUGAAGUCGCGGCACAACAUGAGACGAUCACGCUCCGCCACCCAGAUCAUGGAUAGUAUGCGACAGCACAGCUCUCGGCUUGUCGAGCAAGCCGAGAUAGUGAGUCACGAACUCAUUCGGGUAGCUGUGUUGUGGCACGAGCUCUGGCACGAAGGCCUGGAGGAAGCCUCGCGCCUUUACUUCGGCGAUCAUAAUAUCGAGGGCAUGUUUGCCGCUUUGGAGCCUCUACACAAUCAACUCGAAAACGGACCUGAGACACUUCGGGAGAUCUCUUUCGCACAGACUUUCGGUCGAGACCUGAGCGAGGCUCGUGAGUGGUGUCGUCAAUACCAGGAGACCCAAGAUGUGAACGAUCUUAAUCAAGCUUGGGAUCUCUACUACCAAGUGUUCCGCCGCAUCAGUCGCCAAUUACCCCAAAUGACCUCGUUGGAGUUGACCUACUGUUCGCCCAAGCUCUUAAAGGCUAAGGACCUUGAUCUCGCGGUGCCUGGAACAUAUCGCAGCGGGCAGGAAAUUGUGCGGAUAAUGUCUUUCGACGGCACUUUUAGCGUUAUUAGCUCCAAGCAACGCCCUCGAAAGCUUGAUAUUGUCGGGAGCGAUGGCAAAACUUACACUUUUCUACUCAAGGGCCAUGAGGACAUUCGUCAAGACGAACGUGUCAUGCAACUCUUUGGCUUGUGCAACACGCUGCUAGCGAACGACUCAGAGUGCUAUAAGCGACAUCUCAAUAUUCAAAGCUAUCCGGCGAUUCCAUUGUCCCAAAAUUCAGGUCUUCUCGGUUGGGUGCCUAACAGCGACACGGUCCAUCAACUUAUCCGGGAAUACAGGGAGUCUAGAAAGAUCCUUCUCAAUAUUGAACACCGGAUCAUGCUCCAGAUGGCGCCUGACUACGACAACCUUACUCUCAUGCAAAAAGUUGAAGUCUUUGGUUAUGCACUGGAUAAUACAACAGGCCAGGACUUGUACCGCGUCCUGUGGCUGAAGAGCAAGAGUUCUGAGGCCUGGCUAGAUCGGAGAACAAACUAUACCCGGUCUCUCGGUGUCAUGUCGAUGGUGGGGUACAUUCUCGGCCUAGGCGAUCGCCAUCCCAGCAACUUGAUGCUCGACCGUAUUACUGGAAAGAUUAUACACAUCGACUUUGGCGACUGCUUCGAGGUGGCGAUGAAGCGGGAGAAGUAUCCCGAACGGGUCCCUUUCAGACUCACUCGGAUGCUCACUUAUGCAAUGGAGGUCAGCAAUAUUGAGGGCAGCUUCCGAACAACAUGCGAGCAUGUAAUGAGAGUGUUACGGGACAACAAGGAGAGCGUAAUGGCUGUUCUUGAAGCGUUCAUCCAUGACCCGCUGCUCACUUGGCGCCUUACAAAUCCAGCUAGCCCUCCGGGGCCCAACUUCAACUCAGAGCGGGAACAGGCGCUUGUGGGGCCGCAAGCUGUACGGGCUCGCCGGACGUCCAUACUCGAUGCACCCGUGGCCCCAACCGAAUUCCUCGCCGCCCAGGCGACUGGCAUAGAUGCUCUGCCCGGGGCUCCGCCGGGGACCCGUUACCGAGCUCGCACCAAUUCAUCGGCCCCGCAGCCAGGCAGCAUGCCUAACGGCAAUGGGCCGCAGGACUUGGCCGAGGUUCAGAACGCACGAGCAGUCGAAGUCCUUGACCGGGUUGCGCAGAAGCUUACAGGCCGCGACUUCAAGCCGGAUGAUGAGCUGAAUGUCACAGACCAGGUCAACAAGCUAAUCAUUGAAGCCACGAAGCUCGAAAAUCUGUGCCAGCAUUACAUCGGAUGGUGUAGUUUCUGGUGA